AUGCCCAGGCAAGCUUCGCCUGGAUUUCCUGGCUGCUUCUAUCCUGCGGGAUGGACAAAUUGCAACACAAAGGAUGAUCGGGGCUGCUGGGUAAAAGAUCCUAGUGGCAAGAAAUACGGCAUCGACGAUGACUACGAAGACGUGAUGCCUACGGGUGUUACGAGAACGUACAAUCUGGAAAUCACUGAGCAGACAAUCUCUCCAGAUGGCUUUCCAAGGGCCCAUGCUCAGGUUAUCAACGGAAAGUAUCCGGGCCAGCUGAUCGAAGCAUGCUGGGGCGACACUCUCGUCGUCAACGUGAAAAACUCGCUGAAAACCAAUGGAACAACCAUUCAUUGGCAUGGUCUUCGCAUGCUCGGAGAAAACGAGAUGGAUGGAGUAAACGGAAUCACCCAGUGCCCAGUCCCGGAAGCCGACACUUUUACCUACAAGUUUACGCUGCGCCAGUACGGCCAUACGUGGUAUCACAGCCAUUAUAGCUCUCAGUACUCUGAGGGUGUUGCCGCUCCCCUUCUUAUUCACGGCCCCAACACCGAUAACUGGGACGAAGAAUGGGCUCCGAUAAUCGUCACCGACUGGUUCCACACGCCGGCUUACGAAGCCUUCCACCAGUCGCUCGUCGCCUUGCCGCCCUCUGCCGACUCGAUUCUGGUCAACGGCACCGGUCGCUUCAACGGAGGCGGUUCCUACUUCCAGCAAAAGUUCGAGCAGGGCAAGAAAUAUCUUAUCCGAAUCGUCAACGGCGGUACUGAUUUUGACUUUCACUUCUCGAUCGACCAGCACGUGUUGCAAGUUGUUUCGGCCGACCUCGUGCCAAUCAAACCUUUCUAUACCAAUUCCCUUCACGUCGGUAUCGGUCAGCGCUACAGCGUCAUCGUCACCGCCAACCAGACGAGCUCGAACGGGAAAUUCUGGCUCCGCACAGAGUAUGCCGCUGGCGCGUGUCAGUUCGACCAGCCAAAUUUUCCCUCUGGCCAACCGGACACCCAGCGAACCGGCAUCAUCAGUUACGCUAACGCCGGAAGCGGCGAUCCAACUACGAGCCGAUGGACUGAUCCAGUUGGAUGCGCAGAUCCACCCAUCGAGCCUCAUAUCAAAUGGACUGUGUCCGCGCCACAGAACGAUAUUCUCAAGAACACCUACUACGCGGGUAACGAUCGUCUGACCCAGUCCCAUGGUGCUUUCCGGUGGGAACUCGCAGAUACGCCCAUGUGGCUCAAUUUCUCCAAGCCCACGAUCCUGAGCUUGGCUAAUACUACAUUCGACCCAGAGUAUGCUGUCGCGAAGUAUCCUUACACCGACGGUGAAAAAUUCGUCUACAUGAUCAUCAACUCCGGCAACGGCACCCAAAACAUGUUCUCCGGAACCCACCCGAUCCACCUCCACGGGCACGACUUCGCCAUUAUAUCACAAGGCGACGGGCUCUUCGACCCCAACAACGCGAACCUCAACCUGAACAACCCGCCCCGCCGCGAUGUCGCUAUGCUACCUAAUAACGGGCAUCUCGUCAUUGCGUUCAAGCCCGAUAACCCCGGCGUUUGGAUCAUCCAUUGCCAUAUUGCAUGGCAUGCUGGAUCUGGCCUCGCGCUUCAAAUUCUGGAACGCCAGAGCGAGAUCGCAAACAGUAUUGGCAGCCUGCAACAAGUGAAGGAUGGCUGCAGUAAGUGGGACUUUUGGCUCAAGACGCAUCCUAAUGUGUGGGAUUAUUCGAAGCAGGAGGAUUCUGGGGUUUGA